AUGAAGAGUCUACUUUUUCUGGUGCUGAUCUCUGUCUGUUGGGCUGAACCUCACCCUGGCAACUCAAGCCUGGAGCAUGAAAGAAUUGUUCACAUUCAAGAGGAAAACGGGCCCCGUCUCCUCGUGGUAGCAGAGCAAGCCAAAAUCUUCUCUCACCGCGGCGGCAACGUGACUCUGCCGUGCAAAUUCUACCACGAGCACACGUCCACCGCCGGCUCAGGAACCCACAAAAUCCGCGUCAAGUGGACCAAACUCACCUACGAUUACCUCAAGGAAGUGGACGUGUUCGUGGCCAUGGGGCACCACAGGAAGAGCUACGGGAGCUACCAGGGCAGGGUGAGCCUGCGGGAGAGCAGCGAGAACGACGCCUCGCUGGUCAUCACCGACAUCAAGCUGGAGGACUACGGCAGGUACAAGUGCGAAGUGAUCGAGGGGCUGGAGGAUGACACGGCAGUGGUGACUCUCAAUCUGGAAGGCGUGGUGUUCCCCUACUCCCCACGGCUGGGGCGGUACAACCUGAACUUCCACGAGGCGCAGCGGGCGUGCACGGAGCAGGACUCGGUGAUGGCUUCCUUUGACCAACUCUACGACGCCUGGAGGUCGGGGCUGGACUGGUGCAACGCCGGCUGGCUCAGCGACGGCUCCGUGCAGUACCCCAUCACAAAGCCCAGGGAGCCCUGUGGGGGUAGGAACACCGUGCCCGGCGUCAGGAAUUACGGGUUCUGGGACAAGGACAAGAGCCGCUACGAUGUCUUCUGUUUCACGUCCAACUUCAACGGUCGUUUCUACUACCUGAUCCACCCCACCAAGCUGACCUACGACGAGGCCGUGCAGGCGUGCCUGAAGGAUGGCUCCCAGAUCGCCAAGGUGGGGCAGAUCUUCGCAGCCUGGAAGCUGCUGGGCUACGACCGGUGCGACGCGGGCUGGCUGGCGGACGGCAGCGUGCGUUAUCCCAUCUCCCGGCCACGGAAACGCUGCAGCCCCAACGAGGCCGCCGUGCGCUUCGUUGGCUUCCCCGACAAGAAGCACAAGCUCUACGGUGUCUACUGCUUCAGGGCCUACAACUGAGAGAGUUUGCCUAGAGCGUGAAAGUAUUUUGUUUUUUAAAGUGUGAAAGAUUUCUCUCUCUCUUUUUUUUUUUUUUUAUUUGUUUGGGUUUUUUUUUUUUAUUUUUGUUGUUGUUGUUGUUGUUGGGGUUUUUUUGCGGUACGAACUCAUGCAAGCUACCAAAACUGUGAUAAACCUCUUUUACUUACUGUAAAGUCAUCUUCAUAGACACUCCCUCCCCCAAACCCAUUGGUUUGUCCUUUGGUUUUGUUUUGUUUAGUGUUUUGGGGUUUUUUUCCAUUGGUUUUGAUUUUUGUUUCUGUUUCUGUUUGGUUUUUUUUUUUUUUUGUGGAAAUAUCAUUCCAUAGAUAUUUUAAAUUAAUAUAAUUUAAUGGGAGCUCUAGGUAAGGAACUUUUAGUUUUAAAUUCUUUAAGCUAUGUCAUCCCAAAAAAAAAAAUUAUAAUUUUCAUGAAUGGGGCAUGCAAUAGAGCUUGACAAUUGCUAGGGCACAAUUAUGGAGUGUAAGGCUACUCAAAGCAGAAGCUUUUAAAAGCACAGAUUUUACAUAUUUAUACCAGUUUGAGAAACACCGCAAAUUGGUUAUGACAGGAAUUUUAAAAUAAAACAAUCUUUUUGUUAAAGGGGAUCAGUGAGGUUUCGCAAAGAAAUCUCACAACAAUAUAUGUUAGCAAAUAACUGUUUUCACUGGUUCACAUGGGAACAACAGAGAGUUCAAUAAAAGCAGCUGAAACAGUCCACAAAAAUAGGACUAGUUUUACAGUUUCAAACCUUGCCUUUCUGAAAAAUAAUUUUAUGGUCCCAUGCAUA